AUUGAUUAUUUGCAAGUGAGAUAUCUAAUCUAUCACCCCUUUUUUGGAAUCCUUUACCCCAAGCUGCAGUGAUCAGGAUAGCAUUCCUGAUGAAGCGAGGUUGGAUGCAUUGCUUGAUGAUUCUAGUAAUUCUGAUGGUAAGCAAAAUUUUGUCAAUUUCGUGUAUUUGAUGUUAUGCAAGUAGGGGCUCUGUCACUGGGUUACUGUUAGAUUUGUCUGUGUAUGUCAGGCUCUCAGAGGUAGGCAGAGCUAACUAUAUGGAUAGGGAAAGGGAAUAAUAUGUCAAUUAUCUAGAAUGGGAAUUAAGAUUUUCUCAUCGUUCGUAUCUUUUUGUAAACAGAUGAGUCCUCAUCAUAGUGAGCACUUCCAACAGUGUACAGCGAAUCUUCAAUCAUUGAGCCACUACCUGAGCUGUAUGAUUUCAUUGAUCAACCUACUACAUACUACCUGGUUGAUAGUGUGACAAAAAGAGGGAGAAACAAACGAAUUGACAAUCUGGGGUUCACUUACAACAUCUCAAGGAAAAGGCCUUAUGCGACUUACUGGCAGUGUACUGUCUGCACUCGAGGAAACCAAUGCAAAGCAACAGUGACUGAGAGGGAUUGACAGUUUACUGUUGGUAAGACUGCCCAUAACCAUGCAGUUCAAGUCGGUGCUCUGAAAAGUGCAAAAAUUGUGUCUGAAGUAAAAGAAAAGGCUAUGAAAGACAAGUAUAGACCAGCAUCUGCAAUAGUUGAUGAGGUAUGUGUACAAUAACAUUCAAGUGAAAUGAAUGAAAAUAAGGCAUAAUUUUACUAUGCUCACCCAUGUUUUCCUGUUUUUUCUGUUUUAUACAGGUCCUGCUCAAGGAACUUAGUGACACUGCUCCAUGUGCAUCUCUACCGAAACUAAUAAUGACAUCGAGGGCUGACAUAAUGCCCUUAAUCGCAGGGCACAAGGCAGAUGCAGCUUGCCCUUUUACAUGCUUAUUGACAUGUUAUAUACAGAAUCCAAAUUGACACUUGUCGAAAUCAAGCUUGUGUCUGAUGGUAAACUAAGUAAAUUUCAAAGAAAGGUGUACAAACAACAACAAAGAAAGAUUUUCAAAGCUUGGGAACAGUAUGAAUCCAGCGAGAAGAAUGCCAAGCAGCUCUUAAGACAAAUUUAAAAAAUGAAGGGCCCUAAUGGCAUCAACAAGUGAAGCCAUUCCAGCUAUGUUUUUAGUGUACUGAAUAGGGAAUAUGUCUCUUUUAUUAUAAAGCAGGGGGGAAUGCAUAUAUUUUGAUCUUUUUGUGGGUUUAAGGUACAACUGAUGUAGUACAAAGGAAAUGAUAUCAAUAACCCUGUGCAUUCACUAUUACGCAUG